AUGUCUGCAUCCGAAUUUGCUCAAGUAUUGGAAGACUCAAUUCUUAAUAGAGAUCAAAAUGUCCGUAUCCAAAGUGAAACACAAUUAAAAAAGCUAUCAAAUGAAAAUUUCCUACAAUUCGCUGGUCUCUUAUCAGAAGUAUUAAUCGAACCUACGGCUAAAUUAGAAGCUCGUAUCCUUGCUGCGUUAACUUUGAAAAAUGAACUGGUAUCCAAAGAUUCAAUGAAAAAUCAACAAUACGCUCAACGUUGGGUAUCAUUAGAUCCAGAAGCCAAAAAUCAAAUUAAAUUAAAUGCUUUAACGGCAUUAGUAUCAUCAGAAGAUCGUGUGGCAAACUCAACAGCUCAAUUAAUUGCUGCCAUUGCAGAUAUUGAAUUGCCUCGUGGUGAAUGGAAUGAUUUAAUGAAAAUUGUCGUCGAUAAUACAGAACCAAGUCAAUCAGAAAAUGUUAAAAGAGCAUCUUUAUUAACUUUAGGAUAUAUUUGUGAAAGCGCUGAUCCACAAAGUGAAGCAUUAGUUGCAGCUUCAAAUAAUAUCCUCAUUGCCAUUGUUCAAGGUGCCCAAUCUUCUGAACAAUCAAGGCUAGUUAGAUUGGCUGCUUUGAAUGCCUUAGCUGAUUCUUUAGUGUUUAUCAAAAAUAAUAUGGAUCGUGAAGGUGAGAGAAACUAUUUAAUGCAAGUGGUUUGUGAAGCUACACAAGCUAAUGAUACCGAAAUUCAAGCAGCCGCAUUUGGUUGUCUUUGUAAAAUUAUGUCAUUGUAUUAUAUGUACAUGAAACCAUAUAUGGAACAAGCCAUCUACGCCUUAACUAUUGCUACAAUGGCUUCACCAAACGAUAAAGUUGCUUCUAUGACAGUGGAAUUUUGGUCUACGAUUUGUGAAGAAGAGAUAGAUAUUGCUUAUGAAAUGAGUCAAUUUCCACAAUCUGGCCAACAAAGUUAUAAUUUCGCUUUAAAUUCUUUGAAAGAUGUUAUUCCAAAUUUAUUAACUUUAUUAACAAGACAAAAUGAAGAUCCUGAAGAUGAUGACUGGAAUGUGUCUAUGUCUGCAGGUGCAUGCUUACAAUUGUUUGCACAAAAUUGUGGUAAUCAUAUCUUGGAACCUGUCUUAAGUUUUGUUGAAAAAAAUAUUACCAAUGAUAACUGGCGAAAUCGUGAAGCUGCUGUAAUGGCAUUUGGUUCUAUCAUGGAUGGUCCAUCAAAGGAACAAUUGUCAAUUUACGUGGAACAAGCUUUACCAGCGGUACUGACCUUAAUGAAUGAUUCAUCUUUACAAGUUAAGGAAACUGCUGCUUGGUGUAUUGGUAGAGCAGCCUCUUUAGUUGCAGAUGCAGUUGCCUCCGACACUCUACUACCAGGUGUGGUUCACGUUGCUUUGCAAGGUUUAUCUGAUAAUGCCAAAGUUGCGACUAACUGUGCAUGGAUUAUAAUCAGUUUAGUGGAAGAAUUAGCAUUGGCAGAACCAUCACCUAUCUAUAAUUUCUAUCCUAUUUUAGUUCAAGGUCUAAUCAAAGCCGCAGGGAGAUCUGAUAAUGAACAUAAUGCACGUGCGUCUGCAUUCGCUGCAUUAACAACUCUAGUGGAGUAUGCUAACGAUAACGUAUCUGAAACAUUAGCUUCAAUUUCAACUUUCGUCAUGGAUAAGUUAGGACAAACUAUGCAAGUGGACGAUACUCAGUUAAAUAUCGAAGAUUUACAAAGUUUACAAGAAUUACAAUCAAAUAUAUUAACUGUCUUAGCUGCUGCAAUUAGGAAAAACACAGGAAAUGUCGGAUCUGUAGCAGAUAUGUUAAUGAGUUUAUUCAUGAGAUUAUUAGAUAAGAAAGAUUCAGCUUAUAUUGAAGAUGAUGUUUUCUUUGCAGUCUCAGCACUGGCUACUACCUUAGGUAAGAAUUUCGAGCCAUAUUUAGAAGCAUUCUCUCCUUAUUUAGUUAAAGUCUUGGACCAACCUGAAUCUCCUAUUGCAGUUACAGCAGUUGGAUUUAUUUCCGACAUUUCUAAUUCAUUAGAAGAUGAUUUCAAAAAGUACGCACAAGUCUUCAUGUCUGUUCUCGGUAACUUAGUUUCUAGAUCCGACGCAAGAAAGGAAUUGAAACCAACCAUUAUAAGUGUCUUUGGUGAUAUUGCUGCAAAUAUCGGUUCUGAUUUUAUUACCUAUCUAAAUGAUGUAAUGGGAUUAUGUGUCGCUGCUCAAAAUAUGAAACCUGAAAAUGGAACAUUAGAAGCCCUCGACUAUCAAGUUACCGUUCUAGAAUCAGUGUUGGAUGCAUACGUAGGUAUCGUCGCUGGUCUAAGUUCAAGUCCAGAAGCUCUUUUCACUUAUGUUGGUACAAUUUUCCAAUUCCUUUCUAUUGUUGCUGAUGAUCCUCAAUUAUUUGGAUCUGAUUCAACUUCAAGAGCGGCCACUGGUUUAAUUGGUGACAUUUCUGCUAUAUACCCUGACGGAUCAAUUCAACAAUUUUAUGCCCAAGAUUGGGUCACUGAAUUUAUUAAAAGAACAAGAAGUAAUCCAAAUUUCAGUCAAUCUACAAAGAACAACGCAAGAUGGGCAAGAGAACAGCAAAAGAGACAAUUGUCUUUCAGAGCCUGA